UUCACUCUUUUGUUUGACAGAAAAGAGUCAUGUUGUCAAGAGGGCCACAGUAUGUCCUAAUGAUUGGACUCCUUUCAAUGGUCGUUGUUACCGCUACGUUCCACAAGUCAUGAGUUGGGCUUUGGCUGAGAGAAACUGUCACACUUUGGGUGGAAACCUCGCAUCUGUUCAAAACUCCAAGGAGUCCGGUGUGAUUCAGGUGGUGACGACAUUGAGCAACACCCAAAAUCAAAUAGUAGCUUGGCUUGGAGGGUCUGAUGCACAACAGGAGUCACUGUGGUUCUGGAGUGACGGAACGCCUUUCCACUUUACUCAGUGGUGUGGUGGACAGCCUGAUAACGCUGGUGGUCGUCAGAACUGUAUUGGUUUUAAUUUUAGAGACUCGAAAUGCUGGGAUGACUUUGCUUGUGAAGUUCAGCACCCAUCUGUUUGUGUCAGAGAGGAAUGAUAAAAGCACAAACACUGAUCAAUUUGUGGCUGUGAGGAAACUCGUCUCUCUUUACGCCACCAGUCUCAUAUUUGACCUGAAGGCUCUAAAUCUCAUUUCACAUCUUUAUUUCUUCUCUAUCGCUGUAACGCUACUAAAGAAACAAAGCGACAAGUGACAUAAACAGCA